AUGCAGCUCGCGACGGAGGUAUUCGAUAAAGCAUCUGAUCUGGGCAUCGACGUGGACAACAUAUACGACGUUGAGCUCAGCCUGUUAGCGAACAUCAGACUCAUCGAAACGAAACUGAAGCAAAAUUACGGAGCGCAAUGGGACACAGCAGCCAAGACCCUACUCUCCGCGCGAGAGACGAAGCUGGCGGCACUCAGGGACCUCAGUAACACUCUCGACUGGGUGAUUUCCCCCGAGCGAGCUGUUGUUGUUGAGCCAAGAUCCUCGAGCGUGUCCGAUAUGUAUGAUCUGGAGGCCAAGAUCAAAACCGGCAAGCUGCAGGAGAAAGAGCUGGGAAACCUCCAUUCGCAGCUGCUUGCCACGGCAAUCGCCGCCCGAGGAGUCGUACACACCCCUGCGCUGCUUGCUGGAAAUGGCCACUACGACCUGCCGGAUGAUCGGGGACCCGCGCUCGCGCUCCCAGCUGUAGCGGCGUCCUCGGGGACGGCUAUCGAUGCUCGGUGCGCUAUCAGGGAAGUCCCGGCAAAGGCCGAGCCGCAAGAACCGCCCUUGCUAGCUAAACCAACCGCGCACCAGCCGCGGGCGGAUAAUCGACACAACAGCCCUACCCACCACGGCACCCACACUGCAAAGAGCUCCUCUUCCGAGUCCCGCCCCACGGCUCCAGCCGCCCUGACCGUCAAACCCGGCUCUAGCCAUGCCGCACACGUCCUAGCACCCGGCUCCGGCUCCGGCGCCGGGAGCAGCGCCGCAGCACUCACACCACCGCUGCCAGAACAAACCGCCGGCGCCGGCCCCGUCCGAAAUUGGUACCCCAUCCUCUUCCUCUGCCGCCUAGCCUCGAUCGCCCCCGGCGUGCUGUUCGGCCUGCCCAACGCCCUCCGACUCCUCGCCAUGCUCCAUCUCAUGUAUCUCGACCGGGUUCUGGACGGCGGCACACUGAGCAAGCUUGGACGUGGGACUGGAGGGUCGGCGGCGAACUCCUCCUCCUCGACAUCAGGCUACGACCCAGAGUUUGAAGCCAGGCUGCGGCUGACCGAGGCGCUGCUGGCCACGAUAUGGUGCUGCGCAUCCGGCUACCUCUCCUUCUUCUUCACCGACUGCCUCAUGUCACGCUGGCUGCUGCAUUACACGCCGCAGGCGACCAUUGUGCGGUUACUGACGGUGGACGCAAUCAACGGCUAUCUGACAUCGUGGGUGCUGCACUUGACGGGUGGGUUCGAAGACCCGCGGCUGAUCCUGCCGGCGUGGAUCGUCAUCUCCACGCGCAAGAUCAACAUCCGCAAGGAGACGUCCAUGUCGAUCAGCGUGUUUUCCAUCGCCAGUUUUGUCAGCAUGGUGGCUCUGCUGGUGCAGCUGGACUCGAACCGGUCCGACUACCCCGACAUCCCGCUGCUCAACCUUGUCCGGCGAGUGUUCCACGAAGCCGGCAAGCUGGCAAUACGCAUCAUGGAGUACGGCGAUAUCACGAGAGAACUAUGA